AUGACCGCUGCCGCCGCUGCCGCUCCGCCGCAGACCGUCCAUGUCCUCCCCGGGUCGACGAACGUACCUCUCGCUGACUUUCCACCGCCGGCUGCGAUCGACUCCGUGAAUGCGGAAUCGGAGGCGCAGGCCGCAAUCGAGGCUCUCAAUGCAACGAUCUCGAAGGCCGACUUCAACGCGGCGUCUGGGCUGUUCGCCCACAACGGCUACUGGCGCGACCACCUGGCCCUGUCGUGGGAGUUUCGCACCGUCAAGGGCAACGACGGCAUCUUGGCCUUCUUGCAGCACUGUGCCCGAUCCAGGGAUGGCUUUCGGCUGCAGCGGCUCGAGCUGGACACGGCAAGGGCGCCAGCCAUCAUGCCCAUAGAUGGCGGAGCCGGUGUCAAUGGUAUCCACGCCUUCUUUCGCUUCGAGACGUCCAUCGGGACGGGCGAAGGCACCUUGCGCCUUGCCCUCGAAGAUGGAAAAUGGAAGAUUUUCACAAUCUACACCAGCCUGCGGGAAUUGAAUGGCCAUCCAGAACGUACCUUUGUUCAUCGGCCCCCAGGCGUUGAGCAUGGCGCACCGACGGAUGGCAAGAACUGGGCUGACAGGCGGGCCGCCGAGGUUGCCAUCGAUGGUGGGAUCGAGCCUGCUGUGCUUAUCGUUGGGGCCGGGCAGGCAGGCCUGACCGCGGCCGCCAGACUUCAGGUACUGGGUGUCAGGGCGCUACUCAUAGACAGAAAUGAGCGUGUGGGCGAUAACUGGCGCAAGCGAUAUCGCCAACUUGUCCUUCACGACCCCGUAUGGUACGACCACCUGCCAUAUCUCAAUUUCCCACCGCAAUGGCCCAUCUUUACCCCGAAGGACAAGCUGGCCCAGUUCCUGGCGUCGUACGCAGAGUUGAUGGAGCUCAACGUCUGGAUGAAUACAGAGCUUGCAAGCAGCCGAUGGAAUGAGAAAGAGGGCAACUGGACAGUGACUGUCACACGCAAGCUCGGAGACGGGGCAACGCAAACGCGAGAGCUUCGUCCGCGACACAUCAUCCAGGCCACGGGUGCCUCUGGGAUGAAGUGCCAGCCCGUUUUCAAGGGCGCGGAGGCUUUCAAGGGGGGCGUGCUCUGCCACUCGUCCGAAUUCUCGGGCGCGCGCAAGGACUCUGCAGGAAAAAGGGCCGUGAUAGUGGGCUGCUGCAAUUCCGCACAUGACAUCGCCCAAGAGUACCUCGACAAAGGCUACGACGUGACAAUGGUGCAGCGGUCAAGCACGCACGUCGUGUCCUCCAAAGCUAUUUUGGACAUUGCCUUCAAGGGUCUCUACUCGGAAGAUGCCCCGCCGGUCGACACUUCCGACAUGAUUGUGCAGGGCAUGCCGCUGGCCGUGCUCAAGGCUGUGCAGGUCAAGGUCGCUGCGCGCCAACGGGAGCACGACAGGGGCAUGCUGGAGGGCCUGGCCAGAGCUGGCUUCAACGUCGACCAUGGACCGGACGACUCGGGUCUCUUUUUGAAGUAUUUCCAACGCGGCGGGGGAUACUACAUCGAUGUCGGCGCCGCAAAGCUGAUUGCCGAUGGCAGGAUCAAGAUUAAGCAGGGCCAGGAGAUCUCCGAGAUACUCCCCGGCGGCAUCCGCUUCGCGGAUGGGUCCGAGUUGGAGGCGGAUGAAAUUAUCCUCGCGACGGGUUACGAGAACAUGAGGACGCAGACUAGGGUCAUGUUUGGUGACGCGGUGGCAGACAAAGUCCAUGAUGCCUGGGGCCUGAACGAAGAAGGGGAGAUGCGGACCGUCUGGCAGAAGAGUGGACAUCCGGGGCUCUGGCUGCACGGCGGCAACCUGGCACUGUGCCGUUUCUUCUCGAGGCUUCUGGCGUUGCAGAUCAAGGGGCUCGAGGAGGGUCUCUAUGCAUAUGGUGACAUUUAG